AUGAUGGUCUGUGACGAGUCACAGCUGGAGUCGGUGGAAGGGGGAGAGGCCGUGGCAGUCCCAGGGCCACCCCCAGAACCUCGCGCUCCCGAGCCCGGAGCCCCGGUGCCAGAGCCCGGCCUGGACCUGAGCCUGAGCCUGAGCCCGCGGUCCGAGAGUCCCGGACGCGGACAGCCCAACUGCAGCCCCGGACGGCGGAAGGGGCGGGCGGACCGGCGGGGCGGGGCCCGCAAGGGGCGGCAGGUCCGCUUCCGCCUGGCGCCGCUUUCCCCGGUCCGGUCCGAGCCGCCGCCGGCCGCCGCCUCAUCGAGCGAGAAGCCCGAGGCGCCGCAGGGCUUGGGGGUGCCGGUGCAGCAGAGUAGCCUGGCCCUGAGCCUCGAGCUGCAGGCCGCGAGGGCCGCAGCCGGGGGCCAGUUCGAUGCCGCGAAGGCCGUGGAAGAACAGCUGAGAAAGUCGUUCCAGACCCGCUGCGGCCUGGAGGAGAGCGUGACCGAGGGGCUGAACGUGCCGCGCUCCAAGCGGCUCUUCCGAGGCCUGGUGAGUCUGCAGGUGCCGGAGGAACAGGUUCUGAACGCCGCGCUGAGGGAGAAACUGGCGCUCCUGCCGCCGCAGGCCCGAGCCCCACCUCCAAAGGAGCCACCUGGGCCAAGGCCAGACAUGACCAUAUUAUGUGAUCCGGAAACAUUAUUUUAUGAAUCUCCACACCUGACCCUGGAAGGUCUGCCCCCACUCCGGCUUCAGCUCCGGCCCCGCCCUUCAGAGGAUACCUUCCUUAUGCAUCGGACACUGAGGCGAUGGGAAGCGUAG